AAAAAAAAAAAAAAAAAAAAAGAAAAAUAUGAACGUUCAAUCUGAAGUCAACUAACUUUUGUUUAUAUCAAUUUAGAGAUGUCAAUGGAACAUAUAUUAAAAAACAAAAGUUUAGAUUCAUUAAUGAUAAUCCAUAUUAAUCAUUUAUAUUGCAUUUACAUAGAUAUUAUGAAAAAUUGUAGAAAAUUAUAAAUUAUAAAAGUACAAUAUCUAUUAAGAAAUAUAUUCGUAUAUUGGAUUUGGCGUUUUAAAGCAUAAAUUAACUUGUGCAUCAAAGUUUUGUAAAGAUCUUUACUAAUAAAUCGAAAAAGAAUAUAAUACGUGACAAUGUCGUUCAUGAGCCAACAAAAUCAGUUGCACCAUCCUAACUUUAAGGAUAUGGCGCUUAAUCUUUUAAAAGGUGUGACAUCGUCAAGCAACAAAUUAGUUUUAAGACAAAUCAAUGCUCCGCCUUUAGAUUCCUCUACCGAAAUGUUAAACGAAAUUGGUACUACGGAUCAGGCAAUUGGAGACGUUACAGCAGAGAUUAUGAUAACGACAAUUGGAAAAAUACCGAGCGAAAUGUAUUACCUAGAAGAUACUUUAUCCAAUGUACAAACAAAUAUAGGUCAAACAACUGUAUCCCAUUCGAUGACAGAUGUUAUACAUACCACGAUGGAAAACAAUGUCAUUGUGACUGGACAUAAUACGGCUCGUUCCGUAGUCUUUCUGAUAUUAACCAUCGCAUGUUUGAUUCUAUUAUUUUUAUGUUGCAUCACGGCAUGUAUGAUUUCCAAAACAAGAAGGAAAAGUUACUUUUUUAGCAGAAACGAUAUCGAUUGUGACCCAGAAUGUAAUGGAUUAAAUCGGCCACUUCUUCGAACGGAAAAAAUAUCAGAUGCAACCAGUAAAACGAGUAGUAGCUACUUGAAAAAAUGAUUAAUUAUCGAGAUAUAUCAAAGCGUAAAAAGUGUCUAAUGUUCAUACUAAAAAUGGACGUCUUAGAAAUUUCGCGCCAGAAAUGCUAACUACUCUAA